AUGAAGCCUCUCAACAGGAGCAAACAACUUAUCCUGCGAUGGCAGCACCGUGCCUCAGUCAAGGUGGUCAACGAACCCAUUUUGGCCUUCAAACCUGGGAGCCCUGAGCGAGCCGCCCUCCAGCAGGCUCUAAAUGACUUGAAGGGCAAGACCGAAGAGAUCCCGUGUGUCGUUGGGGGCGAGAAAGUGUGGACAGCCGACGUGAGGUAUCAAGUGUCGCCCUUUAAACAUUUACACCGAGUGGCCAAAUACUGCUACGCUGAUAAGGACUUGUUGAAUAAGGCCAUUGUCUCUGCUUUGGGUGCCCGGAAGGAAUGGGACCUCCGGCCCAUCCAGGACCGGGCGGAGGUCUUCUUCAAAGCGGCCGACAUCCUGAGCGGGCCCAGAAGGGCAGAGAUCUUAGCCAAGACCAUGGUGGGACAGGCUAAAACAGUCAUCCAAGCAGAAAUCGACGCGGCCGCAGAGCUGGCGGACUUUUUCCGCUUCAACGCUAAAUACGCCCUGGAGUUGGAGGAGGAGCAGCCUAUCAGCGCCCCGCCCAGCACUAACAGCCUGGUGUAUCGGGGGCUGGAGGGCUUUGUGGCUGCGAUCUCCCCCUUCAACUUCACCGCCAUCGGAGGGAACCUGGCGGGAGCCCCGGCGUUGAUGGGCAACGUGGUCCUUUGGAAACCCAGCGACUCGGCCCUGCUGUCCAGUUACGCCGUCUACCAGAUCCUCCUCGAAGCCGGGCUGCCUCCCAGCGUCAUCCAGUUUGUCCCAGCAGAGGGCACCACAUUCGGGGACACCGUAACCGGCUCGGAGCACUUGGCUGGCAUCAACUUCACCGGCAGCGUCCCGACUUUUAAGCGUCUCUGGAAGCAGGUCUCUGAAAAUCUCGACCGCUAUCGCACUUUCCCUCGGCUGGCUGGGGAAUGCGGAGGGAAGAAUUUCCACUUCGUCCACGCCUCGGCUGACGUGCCCAGCGUGGUGAGCGGGACAGUCCGCUCGGCCUUUGAGUACGGCGGCCAGAAGUGCUCGGCCUGCUCCCGCCUCUAUGUGCCGGACUCUCUGUGGCCUCGCGUCAAAGCCGGCCUGCUGGAGGAGCAUCAGAAGAUCAAAGUGGGAGAUCCAGCUGAAGAUUUCGGAACGUUCUUCUCCGCUGUGAUUGAUAGCAAGGCGUUCGUGCGCAUCAAGACAUGGCUCAAGCACGCCGAAUCCUCACCCAACCUGACCAUCCUAGCCGGAGGCGGCUGCGACGAUGCGGUGGGCUAUUUUAUCCAGCCGUGCAUUGUGGAGACAAAGGACCCCAAGGAUCCCAUCAUGGAAGAGGAAAUCUUUGGGCCAGUUCUGUCGGUGUACGUCUAUCCAGAGAAACAAUACAAGGAUAUUCUCCACCUGAUUGACAGCACUUCUCCGUACGGCCUCACAGGGGCGGUGUUUGCCCAGGAUAAGGCCGUGAUCGAUGAAGCCACCAAACUGCUAAGGAACGCGGCCGGGAAUUUCUACAUCAAUGACAAAUCCACCGGUGCGGUGGUGGCCCAGCAGCCGUUUGGGGGCUCUCGGGCAUCAGGAACCAAUGACAAGCCGGGCAGCGCUCACUACAUCCUGCGGUGGACGUCUCCCCAGGCGGUGAAGGAGACCCACGAGCCCCUGGGGGACUGGAAGUACCCUUACAUGCAGUGACGUGGCUUAUGGGUCUUGGAAGUCUUGGGCGGUGACCGUUGGUGCGAUGGGCUGUGUUUCUCUCCAGCAGCCUUCCUUGCCCGUCUCUCCUCAGGCACAAAUUGCAAGGAGUGAAUCGAUUUCCUUCUCUCUCACUUGGACACCUUUGGAGAAUUAACAAAAUAAUAAUCCUACUGAAAAAAAAAAUAUCAAAAUUUAUUCCUCCGCUUCAGCACUGCCAUGUUUGUUGAUUUCUCCGGCGAGGCUUUGCCUGCUGAACCCUCUUAAAAUGUGCAUUCUUCAACUUUUGUAUCUUGAUUCUGAUAAAAAUUUUGGCUGCCUUUGGAGGGGAGAAGUAACUUGUGCUAAAGGCAGCCUGGUGAAUCUCUUUCGUUAAAGAAACGGAGCCAGGGAGAAAGCAGAUCCGGAGGAAUUGCGAGCAUCGAUCAACACCCAAGAAGAGCCAAGCGCCCAGAAACUUCCUUCUCGUGCCUCCUAAGGAAGAGGUGGGCUGGCAUUUUUGCUGAAAAGUUUUCGCUUGCGUGCUUGGACAGUUCACCCUCCAGAUGGGAUGCUGGUUCUUUUUAAAAGAUCUAUUUUUGUAAAAAAUGUGAACACUCAAAUCAGGGAGAAGCAAUGCUUUUAAAAAAAGGGGGGACUUUUGCUAGCUUGCCAACUAAACUAAUUCUCUGCAAAAAGCUCUAAAAUCAAGGGACGGAAGAAUAAAAAUCGAAUGUAUGAAACCGAUCGAUUGAGGAAAGGCUGACGAACCGAUAAUUUGCAGUACCUUAAAGGGCAUAAAAGCUUUAUAUAUAAAAAAGAUCUCCACGACUGUGUUUGUGCAUCAUGGCUACACCAUUUGCCCUGUAUUGCUGACUAACAUUUUUAGCCCUUGUAGCUUUGGAAAAUGGAUUUAUAUAACGGAUCGCGUAAGCAGAUGUAAACCAAUUUGGUUCUUACUCCAUUAGUUCUGAAACUCCGAUCUUACUCAUCGCUUUUGUUCCUAGAUAAUUGUUUUGAUUCCUGGUCCAGACUCAUGUUGUCAUGAUUUCCUGCCGAGCUGAAUUUACAUUUCUGUUUUUGUUUUUUUGUUUACGCACAUCGCAUUUCCAUCACUUAAAGCUUCUGUACGGACUGAAAUGCUCCAAAAUCUGCUCUUAAUUUUUCUUGCACAAAAAGACUCCUUUCUUGCUUGCUUUGCCUUUAUUUAAGUCUGUUUAACCCUCCGAGAACGGCAGCAGUUGAUUGUUACCACAGAAAGGUCUCAACACUGGAUGUGCUUCCAAAACAGAAAGAAAAAUACCCAACUAGGGUAGCUAAAUAAAUAUCUCCCCGUUUCAUGAUGGCUCAUCGUUUCCAGAGAAGGAAAAAAACCUCCAAUAUGGGAAACUACCAAGUCUUGAGGUCAUUCCUUGAAGCUCUUUUUGUUCCUUUAAAAAAAAUAAUCGUAAUUUUUAUUGUGUUGUAAGAUAAAAUAACGUACAAAAUACGAAAGUAAGUAAGGAAAGCAGUAGGGAGGAAGAGGGGGAAGAGAAGUGAGGAAGGAUUAGGAAAAAGAAAAGGUAAUGACUUCUGACCCUGUUGCAGUAAAAUAAGGCAUUUAACAACAAAUCACAACUUUUCGUGUUUUUUUUUUUUCAUAAUCCUAUAAACUAGCCAUUUCUAUAAGGAUCUAUAAAACCCAAAAUCAAAAUUUAAUUCUUUUCCACUCCAAGCACAGAGCUCCGAAGCGGUCUCCGUCUGGGAACAAGAGCACUUAUAUCCUUUUCUUUAAUCAAAAUAACGUCCAUUUUGCCAUUUCAGCCAACUCUUUAUCAACUUUGGCAACCAUUCGUCCAUGGUAGGAAUCGAAGUGCUCUUCCAUUUGUGUGUGGGGGGGCAUACAGUAGCCUUGCUGUAUAGCGUCAAAAACUUCCAAAUUUUGGAGCAUGAUUCACAUUUUAAUACAGAAACAUUUUGAAAAUGAAGGAGCUUUUUUUUUUUUCAUUCCUUGAGCGAACCAGCCUUGCGAUUCCUGGCUUGGCGGUGCAUGGAGAACCAACACCUGUAUGGUCAUCAGAGUUUAAACAGCUAAGUGCAACCGGUUCGAUCAAGCAUUGAUAAUAUGUCAGGUGAAAAGACUUAUUAAUAAACUUUUCUGCAAAAAAAA